AUGGAUGUACUCGCCUUAGAGGCAAAGACCGGAGGAGGACCAGAAAAUGAGAAGAAAUCUGCCCCGAGGCCCAAACCGAAACCCCCGAAGAAGGCCAAAAGGAUUGUCUACUUUGAGGUGGAGAUUGUGGAUUUAAAGACUAAAGAGAAGCUGCUGCUGCUGGACAAGGUGGAGCCAACGGCCACUGUUUUGGAUAUUAAGGCUUUGUUUCACAAAUCAUAUCCAAAGUGGUAUCCAGCCAGACAGUCCCUGCGCUUAGAUCCAAAGGCCAAGUGUCUGCGGGAUGAAGAGGUGCUCCAGACGCUUCCUGUGGGAACCACAGCCAGCUUUUACUUCAGCGACCUCGGACCCCAGCUUACAUGGGGGACUGUGUUCCUCUCGGAGUGUGUGGGUCCGCUGAUCAUCUACUUAAUGUUCUACUUCCGUCUUCCUUUCAUCUACUCUCCAAAAUAUGACUUCACCAGCAGCAAAAACUGGGUCGUACACUUGGCCUGCAUGUGUCACUCCUUCCACUACAUCAAGAGGAUCCUGGAGACUCUGUUUGUUCACCGUAUCUCCCACGGGACCAUGCCUCUCAGAAACAUUUUUAAGAACUGUGGCUAUUACUGGUGCUCCGCAGCUUGGAUGGCGUACUACAUUAACCACCCGCUCUACACCCCACCCUAUUACGGGCAGCAGCAGGUGAACGCAGGCCUUUAUAUUUUCCUGUUCUGCCAGGUGGGGAACUUCUCCAUCCACGUCGCACUUCGGAACCUCAAAUCUUCAGGUUCGAAAACCAAGAAGAUUCCCUACCCCACCAAGAACCCCUUCACGUGGAUCUUUUGGCUGGUCUCUUGUCCAAACUACACAUAUGAAGUGGGCUCCUGGGUUGGCUUCACGGUGAUGACCCAGUGCGUGCCCGUGGCCUUCUUCACCAUCGUGGCUUUCAUCCAGAUGACCGUGUGGGCCCGGGGCAAACACCGCAGCUACUUAAAGGAGUUCAGAGAUUACCCCACGCUGCGCUCCUCCAUACUGCCCUUCAUCCUCUAGGGAGAGCGGCGGUCGUUACAUCCGUCCUACGUUUAAAUGCACGCGUGCAUUUUGCUCAAACGGACUGCGCGUGUCGGUUUUCAUCCGUGAAUCACUGAGUGUUGGAUUGGUGAGCGUCGGACUGUCCAGGACUGAGAGAAGCUAGUGAGAAGCAGCAAAAAAAAAAAAAGUCUUACCUUAAUGUUGUAUGUUGUACUGAAGAGACAGAGUGUCCUUUAUGUUUUGCUACUUUUAUGAGUUGUAAAGAUGAUCGACGGGGGGUGCGGUUCAAACUAAAUCUCAUUACUUUCACAGCUCUUGGCAGUCUAAUCAGCGGAGAUUCCCACAGAGCUGGGAAACCGAGACGCUAAUCUGCAUUGUCAAAGUGGCGUGCAGCCUGGAGCUGCUGGCUUU